CGCGCAUUUCAGUGAGAACAGUUCCUCGGCGGAUGGCAUUGGGUUUUGGACAUGUCUCUUUCUUCCGUCUUCGAGCCUCCUCUGUCAGGAUUUAACUUCGAAUAUUCCACAAGGAAUAUUGUACUGGAGAAUGGGUCAGAGGAGGGGAAAAUCAAGGCACCAAAACCCAUGAAAACAGGUACCACCAUUGCUGGGGUGGUUUAUAAGGAUGGUGUAGUUUUGGGAGCAGACACAAGAGCCACCUCCGAAGAAGUUGUUGCAGACAAAAAGUGUGCCAAGAUUCACUACAUUGCUCCUAAUAUAUAUUGUUGUGGAGCCGGAACCGCAGCAGACACAGAGAAGACGACAGAUUUGUUGUCAUCAAACCUCACCAUAUUCUCCAUGAACAGUGGCAGGAACCCAAGACUCAUCAUGGCAGUAAGCAUUCUACAAGACAUGCUCUUCAGGUAUCGAGGUAUGAUCGGAGCUCAUCUAAUUUUAGGGGGUGUCGACUGCACUGGCAAUCACCUGUACAAAGUUGGCUCUUAUGGGAGCAUGGACAAGGUGCCAUAUCUAGCCAUGGGAUCUGGCAAUCUAGCUGCUAUGGGAAUACUUGAGGACAGAUUCAAAGUAAAUAUGGAUCUGGAGGAGGCCAAAGCACUGGUAAGUGAUGCCAUCCAUGCAGGCAUCAUGAGUGACCUGGGUUCAGGCAACAACAUCGACCUGUGUGUGAUUACAAAAGAAGGAGUGGACUAUAUCAGGCCUCACAAAGUGUCUCCAUAUAAUUAUAAGAGACAAGCAAAGUAUAAAUAUGAGACAGGCACAACCCCAAUUUUAUCUAAAACUGUGACUCAACUGGAGCUGGAGUUGGUGCAUGAGACGGUUCAGAUGAUGGAAACAGCAGGAUCCAGUUGAGCCAUGAAAUACAUUGUGAUGUCAUAAUGUUGUCUCAAAGAGUGAUCUUUUCAACUAAAUAAUGUUUUGACAACAAAUAUGUCUGAUUUUUCUGUAAGUUACUUUUUAUGUCUCAUGAAGGUCAUAAUCUAUAAUUUCAUGACUGGUAGUUUUAGGUGCAGAGAGCAUAAAGUUCAACAUCAAUAAAAUACAAUCAAUAAAAUCUUACCAUUU